GCUGUAGAUUUGAGCUUUCUUCAGUCUCUCGCCGAACGUCGAAUCGAGCAGCUGUUCCGUGGAGAACCGGCUGACCACUUCCAACAGAAAAGACAGAACCGAAUUGGAAUUAUGAUUGCGCAAAGUGUAAUCAGCAAACUGCGACCGUGUGCCCGCCGCUUGGCCAGCACGAGCUCCAAAGCCGCAGCUCCCAAGUUCAACUGGCAGGAUCCGCUGAAUUUGGAGAGCCAACUGACCGAGGAGGAGGUGGCCAUUCGGGAUGCGUUCCGUGGAUACUGCCAGGCCGAGCUGCAUCCGCGCGUCAAGAUGGCCAAUCGCCUGGAGACGUUCGACAAGAAGAUUAUGGAGGAGAUUGGCAGUCUGGGCGUCCUGGGCUGCACCAUAAAAGGAUACGGUUGCGCCGGAGUCUCUAGCGUUGCCUACGGCUUGCUGACCCGCGAGGUGGAGCGCGUGGAUUCCGCUUAUCGAUCCGCCGUGAGUGUCCAGAGCUCGCUGGCCAUGGGCGCCAUCUACGACUUUGGAUCCGAGGAGCAGAAGCAACGCUAUUUACCCAGCAUGGCAGAGGGCAAACUGAUUGGUGCCUUUGGCCUAACUGAGCCCAACCACGGUAGUGACCCCGCUGGCAUGGAGACCCGUGCCAAGUACGACAGCAAAAGCAAGACAUACAUCCUGAACGGAUCUAAGACCUGGAUUACUAGUGCGCCCAUCGCAGACGUCAUAGUCGUAUGGGCCAAAUGCGAGGAUGGCAAGGUACGCGGCUUCCUGGUGGACCGCAAGAUAUCCGGCAAGGGUUUGGAGACGCCAAAGAUUGAGGGCAAGUUCUCUCUGCGUGCUUCGCCCACGGGUAUGAUCCUGAUGGACGAGGUCCGUGUGCCGGAGGAGCAGUUGCUACCCAAUGUGGCCGGCUUUAGUGGACCCUUCAGCUGUCUGAACAAUGCUCGCUAUGGAAUCGCGUGGGGAGCCCUGGGCGCAGCCGAAACCUGUGUGGAGAUUGCUCGCCAGUAUACCCUGGAUCGCAAGCAAUUCGGUCGUCCUUUGGCUGCCAACCAGUUGAUCCAAAAGAAGCUGGCCGAUGCCAUCACGGAGAUUGCCUUGGGCCUGCAGGCUUGCCUGCAUGUGGGUCGCCUCAAGGAUCAGAAGCUGCAUACGCCCGACAUGAUUUCCCUUUUGAAGCGAAACAAUACCGGCAAAUCGCUGGAUAUAGCGCGCCAAAUGAGGGACAUGCUGGGUGCGAACGGAAUCAGCGACGAAUAUCAUGUGAUCCGGCAUGUAAUCAACCUGGAGUCAGUUAACACCUACGAGGGCACGCACGAUAUACACGCGUUGAUCCUGGGACGAGCUAUCACCGGACUGGCGGCAUUUGCUAACUAAUGUACUUGUUUCGAUAAUCACAAAGUACUGCAUUUACCAAUUUGUUUUAUGUCGAAGUGUUAAUGUGAAUAAAUGUUAAUCAAACUGAA